AUGCUCUGUUUGAAAGGUCCGGGGGGACGCUUCUGGCGGCCCCGGCAGCACCCGAGGGGCUGGUGGGGUUUUUUGUCGCUAGCCAGGGUGGGUCCCGGGGCCGGGGCGGGCGCUGCGCGCGACUACUGGCGGUCAGGGGACCAGGAGCUCGUGUCCUCCACCUGGGAUCUGGACCACCACUAUGUGCACCGCAGCGUCAUCCCGACGCUGCACUUCCAGCAGAGCCUGCCCAGAUUACCAGUUCCAGAUGUGGAGGAUUCCAUCAAGCGAUACUUGGCUGCUCAGAAACCUCUACUGAAAGAUAAUGAAUACAGAACUACUGAAAAACUUGCAAAGGAUUUUAAAAAUGGAGUUGGAAAAAAAUUACAAAGACAUCUUGUUGAGCUGGAUAGAAAGAAUAGUCAUACAAGCUAUAUAUCAGGUCCUUGGCUUGAUAUGUAUCUUUCUGCAAGAGACCCUAUUGUUAUUAACUCUAAUCCUUUCCUCAUACUUAAACGAGAUCCACAAGAAUCAUAUAAUAGGCAAAUCAUGAGAGCAACAAAUUUGGUUGUGUCAGCAAUGAAAUUUCUUAACUCUCUGAGGAAUAAUAUCUUAGAGCCAGAUAUUUACUUUGUCAAUCCCAAAUGGAACAAGAGUAAAAAGUUUAAAAGGUUUCUCAGCUUCCUUCCAACCUCUGUGUCUUGGUAUGGAGCAUAUUUUGCAGAAGCUUAUCCUUUAGAUAUGUCACAGUAUGUUCAUCUCUUCAACAGUUCCAGGAUUCCUAAACAAGGUAAAGAUCAACUGUUUUCAGAUCCUGGUGCACGUCAUUUGCUGGUGAUGAGAAAUGGUCAUUUUUAUGUAUUUAACAUAUUGGAUCCUAUUGGAAACAUUUUACAUCCACAUGAAAUACGAGCACAUUUAAUUAAUAUUUUACAGGAUAAGGAAACAAUAGCUGAGUAUCCUCUGGGCUACCUAACCACUGAAAACAGAAAUACCUGGGCAGCAGUAAGAGAACAGCUUCUGAAAGCUGGGAAUGAAGAGAGCAUAUACAAAAUUGAUAGUGCAAUAUUCUGCUUGUGUUUAGAUAGUUUUAGAAUACAAGAGAGUUCCCACCUAUCACAUUCUAUGCUUCAUGGAUAUGGUUAUAAUCGUUGGUUUGACAAAUCUUUCAGUUUAAUCGUCGCUGCAAAUGGCGAUGCUGGGAUAAAUUUUGAACAUUCUUGGGGAGAUGGAAUUGCAGUUGUCCGUUUUUUGAAUGAACUGUAUCAAAACAGCACAAAGCAUCCGGCAAUUGAACCAAGAAGUACUGCUGCUGUAUUAAGUCCUACAAAUGUAGAAAAGCUGGCAUUUCAUUUGAAUGACUCAAUUCAGACUGCUGUGACUAUUGCACGUAAAAAUUUUGACAAGAAAAGGCAUGAUUUAAAAGUGAAACCAUUCGAGUUUAGAAAAUUUGGGAAAAAAUAUGUAAUCCAAGAAAGAAUGAGUCCAGAUGCUAUAUUUCAACUUGCUUGUCAGCUUGCUGCUUAUCGUCACUUUGGGAAAAUUGUUCCUACUUAUGAAUCAUGUAGUACUGCUGGCUUUAAACAUGGUCGCACAGAAGCUAUUCGAUCUGCAACAAUUUAUGCAAAACAGUGUGCUGAGGCAUUUAUUAGAGACCGGAACAAACACAGUGUGCAAGAGCUAAGAAAGCUAAUUGAUAACUGUUCAAAAUACCACAAGUUUUUACAGGUGGAAGCCUCACUAGGAGCAGGGUUUGAUCGACAUUUAUUUGCUUUGAGGUAUCUUGCAGAAUCCAGAGGUGAUCCUUUGCCUGAAUUUUACCAGGAUCCAGCCUACGACUAUAUUAACUAUAACAUAAUUUCAACCAGUACAUUAAAUAGUCCUUCAAUUUUGCUUGGUGGGUUUGGACCAGUUGUACCAGAAGGCUUUGGAAUUGGAUAUCAUAUCUGUGACUACUGGGUGGGGUGUAAUGUUACUGCAUAUGCAGAAACAGAUUUGGAUGAGUUUCUAUUAUGCCUUGAAGGUAGUUUUAAUGACAUUUUUGACAUUUGUGAAGGAAGGCCACUUAAAUAACAUUGACUUUUUGUGUAAGGGAACAAUUAGUGUAAAC